ACCGCACAGGGGGGAGUCCUGGUACCGCCCCUGACCCUUGUUGGUCACUACUUCGAACGGAGGAGGGCCCUGGCCACAUCACUGUCUCUCCUGGGUAUCAGCGUGGCCUCCAUCGCGGUCCCGCCUCUGACCAGAUACAUACGAAACGAAUACGGCUUCAGGGGCUCUUUUCUUUUACUGUCUGCGUAUGAGGUAAUGUGUCAUGUCUGCAUGAGGUAA